GGAAAAUACAAGAGUUUAAAAAGAAGAAAAUAAAAAUCACCAGUAAUCCAACCACCUCGGAGAAUACCGCUGUAUUAACGUUAUGCAGCUUUUAGAUGGCUUAAGCCGUGGAUAAAGCGAGGCUAUCUAGACUAGAGGAAUGGAUGGGCUGGACACAGUCUUCCAUCAAUACCACUGUCCUCAACUGGUUCUGACAAGAAAUGAGCUGCAAAUGUCCUUAGGUUAUUGCAUCUGGCUAGGUCCAGAAUUGCAGAUUUCCUAUGCUGUUUGAUGGUGAAUCUGUGCUUUCAAGAUGAAUAGGUUGGCAACUUGGCUAGCCUCUUGUGAAAAUCGGAACCUUGAUUGGGCAAAAGGUCAUCCACUCUGCGUAGGGAAGCUCCGAGAGCGGAGAGGCAAGCCAGGGGGUUUCUGCCCUCUUUCAUGAGUGUUGAAUGCUAGACACUCGAGGAGGAUCCUCUUAAAACUGCGCUGCAAAGGAGGUGCAUCAAAGUAGAGUUACAGAAGCCAGGUAGCCUGGUGAGGCAAAGGUCAAGAGCAGGGUUGUGCAUCAAUCCUUGUACCUCCUUCCUGAGAGUCUAGCUUGUGGUUCAGCACCAUCGAAGUUUUCACUAGAUGCAGGUCAGCAACAUUUCCUUCUCAGGCAGUCACCUAUAUGUAUUAGAUGUCAAUGUCGGAAACAUUGUGCCACACAAUUUUCUUGGUGGUUCCCACCUUCUCACAUGUUGUUUAUAUGACUUACUCAGUAAUGUAGGGAUAAUGUUUUCUGAGUUUACAGUACAUCUCACUCCUGGUGGAGUGAGUAGAUAAUGUGACUUCAGAAAGGAACACGUUGUCAGGGAUUCACUUGUGCCAUUGAAACAGAAGGACCCAUGCCCUUUAGCUGAGUUACCACGUUGGGAUGUAUUGAAGCUCUCACAUCUGCGGUUUGGUAGAUCUGUCAUGGGAAUCUGGCUGAGCAGCUGUGGGACAUCUGGGAAUAAAGCAUCCAACCUCCCUGGCACUGUUCUGAGCACUUUAUGCAUACAAGCUCAAAAAGCCCUCAACAACCCUGUGAAGUGGGUGCUGCUAUCUCUUUAGAGAUGAGGAAACAGAAAUGGGAGGUCAAGCAAAGUAUCCACAGAAACUAGGUGGGUGUAAUGGAGCCAGGCAGCCUGGAUGCAGAGUUUCUGCUCUUAAUCCCGAUGGAAAGGGGUUGGUAGAAUCAAAGGGCAAUGUGAAAGCUGGAAAAAAACUUAAAUGGUUCAAAUAGUCGAUAAACAUGAGUAUCCUUAUAGGACAUGCAGAUUACAAACUUUGAGUCUCUUUUUUCAUGUCCAUCAGAUUGGCAAAAAUUUUAAAAACCUCAUAAUACCAAGUGUUUGAGAGGAUGUGGAACAAAAGAAACUUGCAUACUCGGCUGGAGAAAGUGUAAAUUGGUGCAAUCACUUUGGACAGCAAUUUGGCAAGAAAUGCACUUGGUGAUGGAAAGAGAGCUAUUAUCCUGAAGAGCAAUUGGACAAAGGGUCAUUAUCGUUAUUGUGCUGCUCUUUCUAUGCUGGGGGAAUAUGACUGGGCCCUGCAAGCAAACAUAAAAGCUCAAAAACUCUGUAAAAAUGACCCUGAGGGAAUCAAGGAUCUAAUUCAGCAGCAUGUAAAGUUACAAAAACAAAUAGAAGACCUGCAAGGUCGAACACCAACUAGAAAUCCAAUUAAAGCCUUUUAUGAAAGCAGGGCCUACAUACCCAGUUUAUCAGCACCUGCAUUUAGUACUUCACUUAACUUUGUGGAAACCGAAAAAGAUUCCAGAAAAUCUAACCACGAAAUGGCAAACGGUGGUAAUCAGAAUCUAAAGGUGGUAGAUGAAGCUUUGAAGGUAGAUGAUUGUGACUGUCAUCCUGAAUUUCUACCACCAUCAGGUCAGCCUCCAAAAUAUAAAGGAAAACAAAAAUCUCGAAACAAUGAAUUGGAGAAGUUCAGUUCUAGCUCACAGGGUAGUUUACCAGUAGAUUUGAAGAACAUCUUGGAAAAACAGUUUUCUAAAUCUUCCAGAGCUGCGCACCAGGAUUUUGCUAAUAUAAUGAAAAUGCUGAGAAGCUUAAUCCAGGAUGGUUACACGGCUUUGUUGGAGCAGCGUUGCCGCAGUGCUGCACAGGCCUUCACGGAGUUGCUCAACGGUUUAGAUCCUCAAAAAAUAAAGCAGUUGAACCUGGCCAUGAUUAACUAUGUCUUAGUAGUCUACGGACUUGCUGUUUCUCUCCUUGGAAUAGGACAGCCUGAGGAAUUAUCUGAAGCUGAAAACCAGUUUAAGAGGAUGAUUGAACAUUAUCCCAAUGAGGGACUUGAUUGCUUGGCCUACUGUGGAAUUGGAAAAGUAUAUUUGAAAAAGAACAGAUAUCUAGAAGCUCUCAAUCAUUUUGAGAAAGCAAGAACCUUGAUUUGUCGUCUUCCUGGAGUGUUAACUUGGCCCACAAGUAAUGUGAUUAUUGAAGAGACUCAGCCAGGGAAAAUAAAGAUGCUGUUAGAGAAAUUCAUUGAAGAAUGCAGGUUCCCUCCAGUGCCAGAUGCCAUUUGUUGCUAUCAGAAGUGCCGUGGAUAUUCCAAAAUCCAGAUAUAUAUAACUGAUCCAGACUUCAAGGGUUUUAUACGAAUUAGCUGCUGCCAAUACUGUAAGAUAGAAUUUCACAUGAACUGUUGGAAGAAGUUGAAAACAACAACUUUUAAUGAUAAAAUUGACAAGGAUUUUCUACAAGGAAUUUGUCUUACCCCUGACUGUGAAGGAAUCAUUUCUAAGAUAAUCAUUUUCAGCAGUGGUGGUCAAGUGAAAUGUGAAUUUGAACACAAGGUCAUAAAGGAAAAGGUUCCUCCAAGACCUAUUCUGAAGCAGAAAUGUUCUAGCCUAGAGAAGCUAAGACUGAAAGAAGACAAAAAAUUGAAGAGAAAGAUCCAAAAAAAAGAAGCAAAAAAACUAGCACAAGAAAGAAUGGAAGAGGACUUAAGAGAGAGUAAUCCCCCCAAAACUGAAGAGCAGAAAGAAACCGCAGACAACGUUCAGAAUUGCCAGUUCCUUGAUGACAGAAUUCUGCAGUGCAUAAAGCAAUAUGCUGACAAGAUAAAAUCUGGUGUUCUGAACACUUCCAAGCUUCUCAAAGAAUUGCUUUCUUGGAAGGUUUUAAGCACAGAAGACUAUACAACUUGUUUUUCUAGCAGAAAUUUUCUAAAUGAAGCAGUGGACUAUGUCAUUCGUCACUUGAUUCAAGAAAAGAAUAGAGUAAAGACCAGGAUAUUUCUGCAUGUUUUGAGCGAGCUUAAAGAAGUGGAGCCAAAAUUAGCCGCUUGGAUCCAGAAACUUAACAGCUUUGGUUUAGAUGCCACAGGACCUUUUUUUUCUCGUUAUGGAGCAUCUCUUAAGGAGCUUGAUUUUAGCAUCAUGACUUUUCUCUGGAAUGAGAAAUAUGGUCAUAAACUAGCCUCUAUAGAAGGAAAGCAACUUGAUUACUUCUGUGAGCCAACAUCACUGAAGGAAGCGCGGUGUUUAAUAUGGCUGCUAGAAGAGCACAGAGACAAGUUCCCGGUGCUGCAUAAUGCUCUAGACGAGUUCUUUGACAUAAUGGAUAGCCGCUGCACUGUGUUAAGGAAACAAGACAGUGGUGAUGUGCCGUUUAAUUCUUCCAAGAUAAAAAAUAAAGGCAAGAAAAAGAAGCCAAAAGAUUCAAAGCCUAUGUUAGUGGGGUCUGGAACAGCUUCAGUAACAACAAAUAAUGAGACUGUCACUUCAGGUGAAGAUCAUAAACGCAAUUCAAAUCCUGCAGGCCCAUUUGUGGUACCUGACCACCUUCGGCAAGAUGUAGAAGAAUUUGAAGCUAUCUAUGAGCAGCACAGUAGUGAAUAUGUUGUCCGUAAUAAGAAGCUGUGGGACAUUAACCCAAAACAAAAAUGUUCAACUCUGUAUGAUUAUUUCUCUCAGUUGUUGGAGGAGCAUGGUCCUUUGGACAUGAGUAAUAAAAUGUUCUCUGAAGAAUAUGAAUUCUUCCCAGAAGAAACUCGACAGAUACUAGAAAAAGCCGGAGGUUUGAAGUCUUUUCUCCUGGGAUGUCCUCGUUUUGUUGUGAUUGACAACUGUAUUGCACUGAAGAAAGUUGCAUUGCGGCUCAAGAAAAAGAGAAAGAAGAAAAACAUUAAGACAAAAGUGGAAGAAAUUUCAAAAACAGGGGAGUAUUUACGAGUCAAACUACCACUGAAUCCAUCUGCUAGGGAAUUUAAACCAGAUAUAAAAUCUAAACCAGUGUCUGAUUUAUCUUCAGCAGCAGCUUCUGAGGCUGUGAAGCCCAAACAUAUAGCUGCGAAUUUGCCCAAACCAACCUGUGAGGCUGUGAAGCCGAAACCAGUGUCUGAUAGUUCUUCUAGAUCAGUUUCUGAGGAUGAGAAGCCCAAAGAGGUCUCUUCUGAUUCUCCCAAACCAGUGUCCGAGGAUGCAGGUCACAAGCGAGUAUCCUCUCAUUCUCCCAAACCAGCUUCUGAGGAUGUGAAACCAACCUACUGGACUCAGCCCCAUUUGGUCACAGGAUACUGUACAUAUCUCCCCUUUCGGGGGUUUGGCAUUACCCAGACACCACCAACAUACAUAAAUGUGUUACCGAGUUUGCCCCAGUACACUAACAUUUACACACCCCUGGCCAACGUUUCUUCUGAGUAUCAGCUGCAAAGAUCAGUGCCAGUGGCGCCAUCUUUUAUAGCCAGUGACAGACCAGGGGAAAGCGAUGCUGUGUGUUUCGAGGGCCAUCAUCUGAAUGCUGAGAGUGCCCCUGGUAACCCGAUGGCCCCUAAAACACAGAUCCCUCAGGACUCUUCGGAAGUAUCAGUAAAGACACAGCGCAGCACAGAUGGUGCUGAUACAGCCUUCAGUGAGUCUAACAGAUGUGAUGGUCACUGUGGAAAUGCUGCCGACAAGCAGGAAAUAAGACCAGACACUACCAAUGAAGUAACGAAUACUGCACGUACACAAGUGGUUGCCAUACAGGUGUCUUGGAAUGUAACACAUCAAGAAGUCAAUACUGAGCCAUAUGAUCCUUUUGAGGCAAAACAUGGAGAUAUUUUACAGAUUGAGAAGGAGUACCAGGUUUUACAGGAGCAGCUUAAGGAGGCAUGCGAAAAUUAUGAGCAGAGAAAACUCAAGGGCUCAGAAGAGACCAGGGAUCUGGAAGAAAAGUUGAAAAGGAAGAUAGAAGAAAACAAGAUCUCAAAGACAGAAUUAGAUUGGUUCCUUGAAGAUCUGGAAAAGGAAAUUAAAAAAUGGCAACAGGAGAAAAAAGAAAUCCAAGAAAGUCUGAAAGCACUAACGAAGAAAAUGAGAAAGGUUUUAAAUGCCAGUGAGACAUGUACCCAGGAAAAUGAUGGAAAGGAUAAGGAACAUGAAUUACUUCUGGAUCAGUCCCUUGAAAUCAGUAAUACAUUUACAAAUGAGAAAAUGAAAGUAGAAGAAUGUAUAAAGAAAGGGAAGGAGAAUUAUGAAGAGAGUCUUCAAAGAGCUGUGGCUGCAGAGGUAUCUGUGCUUGAGAACUGGAAGGACACGGAUGUGUACAAAUUACAGAUCCUGGAAUCACAGGCAGAAGGGUAUCUUAAGAGCCUGAAGCUUCUGGGCAGUGAUUCUGCAACUUACCCUGAUAUGGAGUCUGAUGUCCAUUCAUGGGAAUCGUUUCUUUCUAAGGUUAGAAAAGAAACUGAGAAAGCAAAGUCUCAGUAUGAAGAACAAAUUCAGGCAGUUAAAAAUGGCUCUCGGCUCAGUGAACUUCCUAAAGUGGAGAUUCCCGAGCUUUCAUUUCCUAUCUGCAGCACAAUUCUUCCUGAGGGGCUUCCUGAGUCUUCAGGCCAUGAAGAUCAUGGAACCUCCACUUCUUCAAGUCAUGGGCCUGGAAACCAAACAGCAGUUCCUGAGGAGUCAAGUCUGGUCUCUGCCAGUGAUGGCCCAGCGGGUGCUUCCUCCCCACCAUUAACAGGAUCGCUCUGCCAUCAGCCCGAAGUCACCCAGCUGCCAGAGUACAAGAGCAUGGGCCAGGAAACUCCACCAAAACAGAGGCUUGUGGCUGAUCAGAAACUACCUGUUCUUCCAGGACGUGCUACCCGCUCAAGCCAGUCUCCAAAAAAGCCAUUCAAUAGUAUUAUUGAGCACCUGUCUGUGGUAUUCCCAUGUUACAACAGCACUGAGCUUGCUGGUUUUAUUAAAAAAGUACGAAACAAGAACAAGAACUCGCUCUCGGGAUUGAGUAUUGAUGAAAUUGUCCAACGAGUGACAGAACACAUUCUGGAUGAACAGAAAAAGAGAAAGCCAAAUUCAAAUUCAGGAAAGGAUAAGAAAUUAUCUGAGGCCAACUCUGCUGCUUCUGUGACCAGGGCCUCCCAGGGUCCACCCUCCGUGAUUGCUGGACCAUCGCCCAAAACCAAGGGACAGAAGACAGAAGAUUCCCCUGCAUCGGGGGCAGCUUCCUGUGAACUAUGCCAUGAUGUAUUCAAAUCCAAAAAUGUGCGUGUGCUAAAAUGUGGGCACAAGUUUCACAAAGGGUGCUUUAAGCAGUGGCUGAAGGGGCAGAGCUCUUGCCCAGCCUGCCUUGCUCAGGAUCUCCUGUAAGAAGAGUAGCCAGCACCUUCUGGAAGAGGCCAGCCUGCUUUCCUAGGUAGUCACAAAGUUCACUGAAGAGUAAUUUACUGUUUUGUUGAAUUGGAAGAAUAACAAUAUAUUACUCUUGGUAUAAAAAGCAAACAUUUGAAGAUUCUUUGCACUGUGUGUCGUAGUGCUAAUAAGUAGAAAUCUUUAAUACAAUUGAUGGAAAUUUCCCUGCUCUUAUUAAACACUUCAGUAAUAACAUAUAGUGGCUAGUAAAAUUAUGUGUAGCCACAUUCCUAAAUUGUUGGGGCUGCUUACAGAGGUGCCUUCUGAGUUGGAAGGCUUCUUUUGGGAAGUGUUGUGAGCACCUCAAAGCAGUACUUGAAUUUAAAGUAUUCUGACCUAUUAAAGUCCCCCAGGUUAAAAUUUUUACAAGUCAGUAUUCCUUAUAACAUGCCUACAUUUUUCCUCAAAGAUUCUGCAUUUAAAUGGGCUUAAGCAAACACAUUUUAAUAAUCUCUAGUACAUGGUAACAUGUCGGCUGAUUUAAACCAAAAUAUUCAAAUCUUCUUUUCAUGAGACACCAUGUGCUUUUGCUUUUUCAUUUCAUUAUUUUAUUCCCCCCAGUAGAUUUAUAAAGAGCUUAUUUUUCAUCACCCAAAAGAUAUAGUCUGAUUUCUUAUUAGUGUCAGCCAAGACUUUUUUUUGCCUUGAAAAUUGAGGCUACGUAUUCAUCACCCAAUCCCACAUUUGGAACUUCUUCAAAUAUCUUACUCUUACUGGCAGCAUUUGUCCUUUUUCAUGAGUUAGAAGACGAAUGUUUGGGUAUCUUUGUCUAACACAUAGUAGGCACCAUAGGGAAAUAGUCACUAUGAUUCCCCUCCCUUAUCCCACCACCAGAAAGAGGCACUUGUGUAGUUAGGCCGUCCUAGGUGUCCGUGUUUCACUUGUUCUGUGUUUGACAUUUGUGUGAAGUAAUGCAUGCACUCUUAUACUGUGGUGUGAGAACAAAACUUUAACUGCAUUAGAAUCUGCUAAAAUACUAGAUCUCUUUAGUGAUUUGUAGUCAGUGGUAAAUAUAGAAAUGUGAAUUCUGGACACAUUCCAUUUCUCUCAGACAUCAACAAAAUGUUUUCAUUGGGUUCUUUGUUCCUCUGGAAGCUCACAGUCCCAGAUUCGUGAACUAAUUUGGUCACCUUCCUCAGCCUUGGUUGCUUGUGAGUUUUGAUGUCUUAGUGACUUAGUCUAUAGAUGCUCACUCUUUAUUUUGAGGCAGAUUCUCCUUGCAGGUCCCUGAAACAUUGUCUACAUGUUCACAAGAACAGAACUGUAGGUAGAUAUGUAGGGACCAGUUUGUAGCAGCAGGUACAAAGGAAAAGAAGAGCCGCUGGAGAGUGAGAAAAUGUGUUUUGUACAUCAAACAAAUAUUGUGAACAUGCCUUACAUAUGUCCUGGUGUAAGUUUCAAAAUAAAGAACAUUCUAAAAUAA